AUGGCGUCCACGGACCCUCGCUUCGCGCGGUUGCACAGUGACCCGCGCUUCAAGCGCGCGCCAAAGCGCGAGCGCAAGGUCAAGGUCGACAGGCGCUUUGCCACGAUGUUCACCGACGAGCGCUUUGCCGUCGGCGGAGCAGACAAGUACGGGCGCGGCGCAAAGAAGGCGCAGGCGGGUGGCCUCGACCGGCUUUACGAGCUGGACGAAGAGGAUCCAGCCGCAGGCUCGGCUGACGUCGGCCAGGAGGAUGGCAACCUGUCUGACAUGACCGAGGAGGCGACCUCGGACGAGGAGGCGGGCGGCGAAGAGGAGCAGGCGGCGCUGGUGGAGUACCUCGAUCAGGCGGAGGCGGUGCCGCGCGUGUCGGAGGGGACACGACGGCUGGCGGUGUGCAACCUCAACUGGGACCAGGUGCGCGCGGUCGACCUGCUCGCCGUCCUCAAGUCGUUCGAGCCCGCGGGCGGCGCCAUCCGCUCUGUCUCGGCUCGCGAGGAUGUGAGUGGCCCGGCAGGCGUCUGGCAGCAGCAGCAGCAGGCCGGCGGGGGCGAGGAGGGCGAAGAGGCGGACGGCGCCGAGGCGGACAACGAGAAGCUGCGGCGGUACGAGCUGUCUCGCUUCCGCUACUACUACGGCGUGGUAGUCUGCGACAGCGUGGCCACGGCGGAGCACCUCUACGCCGAGUGCGACGGCGCCGAGUUCGAGUACUCGGCGAAGCUUUGCUGCAGCGAGCCUCGAGCCGCGCGCGCCAUCGGCCGACGAGUUCACGAGCGGUGCGUGAGCGGGUAG